UUGCCCUGAAUUUAACCUCUCAGGCAGCACAAACUCACGGGCUGACACCCCCUGCUAGCUUUCCAAACUAAGUUAUAUUUAGAUUUAUGUUAGAGAAGAUUACUGUAAUGCUUAUUGUCGUAGUUUGGGAGUUUGACAUCGUUUGGGUAUGUACAUGUUCAACGUAGGCAGAGAGUAAGGGCUAUCCGCGAGACAAACUCAGGGCAUCAAUCCUAACCUAUCUGGGAUUUGUUUACAGAGUUGAGGCUGACAGGCAGCUGUGUGUUGCUCUGUCAGGCCUAUAUAUAACCACCACACCAGUGAUCACCGAAGACGACAGUGGAGAUAAAACAGAUCUCUGGGCUGGUAAUGCAUUGAGGCAACAAUGGAGACCACAGGCAGUGCCACUGAAGGCGAGCCCCUGAAGAGAGGAGAGGACAGGGCAGAGAUGGGAACAGCACCAUCAGCAACAGAGAUGAAGAAGAAGAAGAGUUGUAAGGAAGGCUUGGGUUUUGUCAAACUGAACCAUUGGCGAACUGCAGCCUUCUUCUUCUCUUUAUUCCUCUGCCUCACCAUAGUGUUCGCCUUCUCAUUCAUCAUCCCUUGUCCUGUCAGACCACAAUAUCUCGUUACCUGGAACCGGACUUUCUCUGAAGCGGCAACCUAUGACUUCUUAGCUAUCGAAGAUGCAAGCAAAGACAAGGUGAUGGAUGUCCUGUUUGUCCUCAAAAACACACAAGGCAGUCAAAACAAUACGUGUGCUGAUGGAGGUCUGCCCUCGCCAUGUGUGUUUGUUGUGGCAGUGGAUGGGACAGAUGGAGAGACGCUGUGGGAGUGUCCACUGGCUCCCGAGUUCCACUGGGCCCAGUGUGGUCUGGACAAAGAAACAGGCAGAACGUGGGACUGUCUCCUAUCCCACUCUGACCAACUCACAGCUAUCACUAGCAAAUACACUGGUGACAUCAAGUGGCAGCAGCCUCAGCCUCCUGGUCUGCACAGCACUGCGCCUGUUCUUAGUGUCCCAGAUCUGGAUGGGGACAAGGUCGGCGACGUGGCUCUGGUGGCAUCUAACGAAACACAGACUCGGCUGCUAUUCCUCUCAGGGAAGACGGGUGUCCAGAUUGGUUCUACGGUUGUUCUCAACUCCACAAAAACAGCCAAUCAUCUUCUCUUUUGCACUACAGAAGGUUCUUACUAUGUGCUACUACAAACAGACACUGGCCUGUAUGGACUGGCACUGUGGAGGAUUGCUGCCAAGGCCAAAGCAGGGAUGGAGGUCGGCCUCAAGAAGGAUAAGCACUGGGAGAAGAAUGCCAGUGCAACAUCCGACCUUGUACCCAUCUACAAGUCUGAUUCAGUGAGUCAAGUGUUGACAACAAGUGAAACAGACGAUUCACCCAACCUGCUGCUUGUGACCGGGAAGGAGGUGGCAUUAGUCGAUGGAAAACAUUUGCAGCUACUGUGGAGAUUCAAUAUCAGCUCAGUCCCCAGUAAGCCCUCCUUUGGACACUUUAACAAAGACAAUUUUCUUGACGUUGUAAUUGAGGAUUAUGUCGGCAACUUCACAAAGAGGGUCAUAAUUCUUGAUGGGAAGUCCGGUCAUGUGCUGUGGGAAGUCGAGCUUUUGGCCAGUCCUAACUCACCGAGACCCGCCUCGAUACACACCACCAACUCCUUCUCGGUCUUUGUGUUUUGGGGCAUGAUGCCUUCAGAGACAAACUCAUCUGAAACAUUCACAAGUGACCGACAUUCUUACUUGCUCCACCCUCUCUAUUCUAAAGUCCUCCUUGAGUCAACUACUUUCAUGGAACACAUCAUAACAUUUAAAGCCACGCUGUUGGAGCAUGGACGCCACGCUGCCUACAUCCUGCUGACAGGCCCCGGGACGGAGGGAGAGGAAGGCACCGUGGUCCUCAGCAAGCGAAAGAUGAAGCAGGACGUCCCUGACAGCAAAGUACUCCGUAUUGGCACCGACGGAAGUUCCGAGACAAAUGAGGACAUCAAAGAGGCCUUAAAUCGUCUCCGCUUUAGUGACUGGUGAAAGGACCAUCUGUAACAUGUAGAGUGUAUCCUAAGUGUUCAAACUAUUUUGACACAACUGACUGUAUGUUAGCUUCAAAACCAAAGUGUUUACACUAACUAGGACUUUCCACUUUACUGCUGACAACCAAAACAUUUCCUUUAUGUUUAGAGGAUUAUGUUGGCUUGAUUUAAGCAGGCUCUUUACUCAAAUUCCAUUGGACAAACUGGGCAUUACUGCGUACAUACUAUCAUAUAUUUGAUCUGAGCUAGUGUCCAAAAAACUACUGUUCCUUGACGAUGGCAUAGCAUUUCUGCUCUUCUCCUGCUGAUAAAUCAAGAAGACCUGUCUUGCUGUACUGUUUUUAGCACUUUCCUGCAUCAAUGCAAGGCUCUUUUUUUGAAAUUAUUUUAAUCUAUGCAACUGUGCACGUCGCACUGGGCUUCAAUAGUGCAUCACGCCACCACAGGGGAUAGUUCUUGUGAAUUUCAAAUUAUAGUCGCUUGAAAGGAAUGGUUGGACAAUUACAGGGUUUUUCCUUUGGUACAUUUUUCUAAAACAUGUACAGUAAAACAGACAGAUGCACAUUGAAACUUGAAAUACAACGGAAACCUGACCAGCCUUGACGUACAGUACACACUAUGUUGUUACAUGUCUUGUUACGUAUUCUGUUUGUUAGUAGUUAGGCUGUUUUGUAGUACGGGACUGUUGUCAAUCAUCAAGAUUUGUGUCCCUUACUUACUUAAUCCGAGAAGUUGUAACUAGUGAUGAUCUUUAUUGCACACUGACUAAAUCUUUGAGGAAUUCAAUGCUGAGUAGCCCGUCUGAGUAGGUUUUCCAUGAUAUUGAGUUACUGAUGUGCAUUUAUUGCUCCUUAUGAAGCUGUUUUAUUUCUCUGUGAUUUCUAUUCGUUAAAUAAGUGAAGUGUUUUUGCUGUACAUUCAUGUUUUGAACGUGUGGGCUUUUCUUUCUGAAUUAUGUUUGAAUUUGAAUAAUAUUAAACGGUUUUAAAG